AUGGACUAUGAGGAACAGGGCGAGCUGAAAGACCUGGACUUGACCCUCCCAGGGAGGGAAGCUCUAGGCAAUGCCUUUGGAACAGCGGAGGCUGGCCCGGAACCCAAAAACGAUGGGCCAGUGCUGGAAAACUCUGUGACCAAAGCCUUGAAGGCGGCAGGGUUCCCAGAAGUGGAAUCAAAGAUUGUCAGCUCAACGAUUGCCAACAAAGUUAUCAGUGGCAUCCAGAAGCGCAUCUUGAAGGUAGAUGAAUGUGUCGCCAAGCUUCGAGAGUGCAAGCAAACAUCCCUUGUGAACAAGAUGAUCGACAAACUGGUGGCACUGAAGAACUCGCUUGACAAGUGCAUGGAGAAGUUGACUGAGCUUUAUGGCGACGGUCUCGUCAAUGGGUUUUCACCAGAGCUUGAGAAAGACAUGGGCGAUCAAAUCGGAGAAGGUCGCAAAGCGGCAGCCGAAUCGUUGCUGAUGGAGCCCCGCGUCAGGACCCUGCUGGCUGACUGUGCCCGUGCUAGCCGAAAGCGCGAUUCCCAGCCUCCUGAGCUUCCUGGUGCCAAGAAGCGCCCUCGCAAACCUGAGAUGACAGCUGCUGGACAGGCCAAGGCCAAAGGUUUUGUACCCAACGAAACGCAAGUUGACCCUGUGCUGGUGGAGCACUAUGCUGAUGAAAUGGGAAGAGGGGCGCCUGCCUCUUCAAUCGCUCGUUCCAUGCAAGCCGUGGGCACGGCCUGCCCCACCUUGGUACACACGACCGAGUCUGGAGCAAUUAUAGAGUUGCCACUUCUUUUGCCGAGUUCUUGGCUAAAGGUUCUGGUGACUGAGUACCCUCAUCUUUUGGGAGGUGGCCAGGGCAAGAACAUCCAUGAACAACUGAAUGCAUUUUGGACUUGCUACAGAUUUGUCCAGCCGGGACACGAGAUUUACAAGAAGGAUCCUGCACGACUUGGUUACACCGUACCCCUUUUAUUACAUGGAGAUGAGGGUCGCUACUUGAAAAAAGGAAACUUCAUGAUCUGCACUAUUGAAAGUGCAUUAGGCAGCGACCCUGAAAAAAUGAAGCGAAAGGUGCCCUGUCAGUGUCAUGAGGAUCAUGUCUUACAUCGAUAUGGGAAUCUCGGUGAAGGCUACCCUGGUGAUGCUUCAUUUGCGGAAUCAGUAAGACUCGCGUCCCAUCAGAUUGUCAAUGACUCUGGCAAUGAAUUCCUGUCAAAGUUUCUAGUCUUUGGCAUGUCAUCUCUGCUCUACAAGAAAGACAAAGGGCUUCUACACAAAGCGUUCGACAUGGUGGCUGCCGAUCUCAAAGAAUUACAUGAGAAUGGUAUCGACACCGGCUCUCACACUUUUUAUUCUGCAACGAUUGGAGUGAAGGGAGAUUUGAAGUUUCACCAUCAACUUGGAAACCUGGAGAGAUCAUAUUACAAUGUUGGGACAACAAGAAACAACCCUAUAUGCUCUCUAUGCUUGGCUGGCAUGGAGGGAGUAGGGUUUGAAGACCUGUCCGACCAUCCUUCGUGGCUGGCUACAGUGUACCAAACAAGACCUUGGCCAGAGGGCCAGGCUCCGUCAUUGGCUACCAUUCCUUUUCAAGAUGACUGCCCUGAGGCAAUCUUUCGGUUGGAUGCUUUUCACUGCUGGAAAUGUGGGUUGGGCCGUGACCUUACUGGGUCAACCCUUGUGCUGCUUUGUCAGCUGGAAUAUUUCGAUUCAGAGGGUGAUACUGAGUUCAAUUUGCUUGCUCGCAUACAACGGGCUCAUGGAUCGUUUGUGUUGUGGUGCCACGCCUGUGGCAAGUCGCCAGCCUUGCAUUCAUUUUCAAAGUCGCUGCUGAACUUCGCAAAUGAGCGGUCCUUUCCAUGGUUUAAUGUGAAGGGGUCAGACAAUACAUUGCUCACUUCCUGGCUUCUGUUUGUCGUCUCGCUGUCAGUGCAAUCACAUGGACACCGCUACCGCAAGCUUGAGCUUGCUCUGAUUGAGACACUGCAAUCAGCUACGAUUGUGUUUCAAGUCCUUCAUUCGCAUCCCCUUUGGCUGGAACGCAGGUUUGCGCAGAGGGUGCAACAUCAUUUGAAAAUCCUAGUGCGGGGGUACAAAGUGCUGGCCUUUGAAACCAAGACAAUGCAGAUUUGUGGGUAUGGGAUGAAGCCUAAACUGCACGCGUGUGAUCACAUUGCCAGAGAUUUGGACCAGCAACUCAAGAACAAUUCCCCUAGAGUUUUGAACCCUAUGGCGUUCAGCUGUGAAUCAAACGAAUCGAUGGUCGGACAUGUUUCCAGGCUGGCUAGGCGUGUCAGCUCACGCACAGUGAGCAUUCGGGUGUUGGAGCGCGUUACUAUCCGGGUUAAAUCCCUCAUCCUGAAAGUAAACAAGCCCAGGCUGAGGUUUGGACGAAGAGGCCAAGGAAAACGCAGCUCACCCAAGACAACAUGA